GUUAAAUUUCCCUAGAUUUUAUUCAUCUCGGGUACUGCUAUAUUCUGUGAUUCCGAGCUCCUUAAUAGGGGUUUAGAAUGCUCCCUCGAAGGCGGCCAUUCCAUUCCAUUGCCGGGAGGGGGCACCUGCUGGAGCAAGGUUCUCCGUAACAACUGGAUAAAAAGGCAUGAUGUGCAUACUCUCAGAAAAUUGGGUAUAUUCUGGAUUGGCCACAUCCCGUGGAGUUGUACUCCCACACAAUAAUUUGCUAAAAUAUAAUCUGGGUUGCAGACAACUUAACAGGUCUAUACUCAGGAAAAUACCACGGGUUUGUCUGAUUGAAAUGAGCACAGGAAGAAUCUGCACCAUUAAGGUUUUUAGCUCAAUUCAGCUACAUGGGUUUCAAGCUGAAGAGCAUGCGGAUUCUGAAAUGUCAGGUACAUCGGAUGAAGAAAUGGAUUAUAUUUCUGAUGGUGAUUCGAUAGAGGAUAUUGAAGGGGAAUGGAGUGCUGAUCAAUUGGAUACAAUUGCUUCACUCUUCCGAAGCCUAACACCCCCAAAAUCAAGAAGUCAAAUGAAAGAAAGGUACCUUCCUCUUCCCAUGCCUCAUAAAAUUAGGCCUACAGGUGUUCCUCAAUCUAAGAGAGCUUUCAGGUCACCCAAUCCUUUGAACAGGGUCUACAAAAACCCACAGUUUCUGAUAAACCUUGCUAGAGAAAUCAGAGAUCUUUCUCCAGAGGAAGAGGUAUCAAAAGUCCUAGAUAAAUGGGAGUGUGUCCUUAGAAAGGGUUCACUGUCCCUAACCAUUCGGGAGCUUGGGCACAUGGGUUUGCCUCAAAGAGCUCUCCAGACAUUCUGUUGGGCUCAGAAAUGCCCAAAACUUUACCCAGAUGAUAGGAUUCUAGGUUCUAUACUGCAGGUACUUGCUCGAGCCGGUGAACUGAAGACACUCUUUGACUUAAAGAGCACCUUAGCUUCAUGCAACAGGAAUACCCUCGAGUCUAUUGCUAGAGGUUAUAUCAAGUCAGGCCAAUGCAGGCAAGCCAGAGAGGUUUUACUGGCUGCAAGGGAUUCGUUAUUUAAGCUUGAUGAUGGUAUUCAUGCCAAGCUCAUUGUUGAGGCUUCCAAAUCCAGAAGAUGGCAUAAUUUAGCAGGUAAACUCAUAGAAGAGCUUGGAAUGAGAGAUGAGUUGAAAUUGGAAAUACAGGACUGCACUGCUGUUAUGAAGGGUUGUAUCAGACUCGGAAUGUAUGAAGCAGUGGAGAGCCUUUUCUUUUGGUGGAAGGAAUCAGGUCAUAGACCAAAUGUUGUCAUGUACACUACCAUAAUGCAUAGUAGAUACUGUAGUGGCAAAUUCAGGAAGGCCUUUGCACUUGUGUGGGAAAUGGAAGAAUCGAAUUGCUUGCUUGAUCUACCAGCCUAUCGAGUGAUAAUCCGUUUGUGUGCUGAGCUGGGUGAUCUGUCAAGAGCUGCAAGAUAUUUUAGUAAAAUGAAAGAUGCAUCUUUUGUGCCCACUCGUGAUAUUUACAGUAAUUUAAUUGCGCUAUACUUCAAAUCAGGAAGAGUGGUGAAAUGCAGAGAACUUUUGAAGGAAGUGGAAAGAAUAGGCAUCAAACCAAACCUUGAGAUCCUUCAACAUAGAUUUGAAAGCUUGUCUGAAAGAAAACAAUGAACAAACACGAUGUCUUCAAUCGUCUUGCAUUCUUUUUGUCCAUUUUCAAUCAUUGAUUUUGAAAAUCCGGUCGCCCAUAUCAAAUAAGGAACACCUUUGGUGUAAAGAUGCUUAACAGAUAUAAACCAAUGAAUCUGGCAACAGAGUUAACUGGACUUAGCAAAGGAUAGCAAUGUUACUGGGUAGACAAGCUGUUUUCCAAUGAGUUGCAUAGUGAAAGCAAAUGACAAAUGUCAGUCCCUAAAGAGACAACACUAGUUUUGCAAAGACUUCUUUCAAUUUGUGAACAGUAUGAUGGUGAUGGCAGUCCAUGUGAGAGACAAUAAGAUCCAAUACUUACGAAGAUAGUAGGAGUAAAGGCAUGUAAGCAAACAUGAUGACAAUGACUAUGAAUUUGAUGAUUAAGUGCCAUGAAAAUGACAACACAAGAACAACAGGGUACCCUGAGAAGAUGCAGUGAUAAUGUGGAAGAUGGAAAUUCAUCAUGACAGGGGUAUGCACUAAGACACUCAUAGCAUAGUUGCAAAAGGGUAGACCAUGAUAUGAAAGUGACAUAGAGCAAUAUGACAGAGCCAUGAACAAGAGAGCAGGGGAAAUCAAAAGAAGACAAUCUCAUGAUCUUAGGCCAUAACAUAAGAAGUCAGCAGGCCAUGAGCUUUUGGAAGCAUUGUUAGUGAUACCAGACAAAGAAGACAGUUAGAAGCCAAGAAGAAAAGUUUUGGGCAGUCAUCAAAUGGCAAAGCUAUGACUGAUAAAGAAGAGUUUUGUCUUGAUAAUCGCAUGCAUGGAAUUAAGAGGAUAGUGCAAUUGCAGUGGAAUAGAACAUUGAAAAGCUUCAAAGAACAGCAAGAACAUAGGCAAGGCAUUUGGCAGGUUUGAUGUUCUGCGAAUGGAGGUCUUAAUGAGGUUGGGAGUCAUAAAGCUGAGUAACUGAGUGAAGAGUUUCAAAACCUUCCCAAAGGCUUGAUCUGUAUCAAGAAUGAACAGCGAUGUGUUGAUAUCUUAGAAAAUUGUUAAAUCCUUUUGGGCUUUAUGACUGUCAAGGCUCAUAAAGUCACAGUGAAGAAUCCAUAUUAAGUGUAAAAAUCUUUAUCAAAGUCUUGCACUUGUCUAUGAAGGAGUAAUGAAGAAAUUACAGCAAUGAAGACCUGAAUUACCUGUUAAAGACCUCACUGUCAUGAAAAUAGACUGUUCUAAUAAAGAAAAUAUAAAGAGCAGAAGUCCUAUGCCAAAUGUCUUCUCUGUCAUGCAGGUGACAGUAAUGAAAGGAGAUAGCUAGGGGUUUUGCAUCAGUUAUGAAGGAAUUUCAAGGGAAUAAACAUUAUGAAAGCAUAUGACAAUUAUCCUUCAAACUUAGUGAGGAAAGAAUGAUAAGCAUGAAUAACAGGGAAAAAGUGACAGUGAUAUUGCAUGGUAAAUAAAAGGGACUAUUUAGUGGUAAAUAAAAGGGUCUGUUUAGAUCCUCAAAAGAGUAUGACAGUGACAGUCCAUAAGGAUGUGGCUAUGUCAGGAACAUAAUAGCCUAUUUAGAGUUACAAAGAGCAUGCAAGGAGCAGCUUAAGGAGGAUAGAGGACUGUCGUAAGUGCAGGGUGCAUGACAAGGGGUGAUACUAUUAUGAAAGAUGUCAGAAAAAUAUUGUCACAAGGGCAAAGAAAAGGCAUGAAAAUCUUCAAAACCACACGCAAUAUCCUAUCCCUGUACAAGGAGUGAAUACGAUAGAAGACACUUCUAAGGGUAAGUCUUAAAAGGACAGUCAUAAGGAUAAAUGGUAGUCUUGACAAAGAACCAACCACAUUGAGGUACAAGUGAUGGAUGACUUGUAAGGGACAAGAGGUCAAAGUAUGCUGUCCUUUCACUAUUACAUUCUCAUAAACCAUAUGGCUGCCAAAGACAAUAAGAAAUGUAAAUGACAGUCAAAUCUUUAAUGUCACGAGUCCAAGAAAAGAGUAAGAGACAAUCAGCAUGAUGAAUGAUAGUUGUUUCCAUGAAGAAGACAUCACUCAAAUACCCGGUUGACAGGAGUAAAGCACAGUCCAUGCAUGAAAAAGGGGUAGAUUUAUGACUCCUAGGUGUCUUUUUGACAUGUGUAAAGGUGCCUAAUGGAUAUAUAUGCAUCCAAACAGCAGUUUCAAGCAUUAACGACACAUUUUGAAGAAUUCGUAGAGGUCUUAAAAGACCUAUUCCAGUACCAUCCGACCCCAAGACUUUCUCAACCUCAGAAGCAAAUAAGAAAGCACAUGUCCUAUGAACUAGGGAAGCUGGUAAAGCAGUUUGGCAAGGUGAAACAAGAAUUGAGGACCGAGGGAGCAGAUUUAGGGGAAGUUUGGGAACUUUUGACUUAGUCCCAGCAUACUCCGAGCAUCUAGCAACCAAUGUAGCAGCUCAUCAAGUGGGAAAAGCUGUGAUGAACCCAAUGAAAUAGGGCCAGGUGGCCAAUCCAACGGUGUUUGCUAACACCCAUCUAUUUUGAUUUUUGCAUUUAUAUUAUUAAAAUUGAAAUUUUAAUAAAUGAAAUUAGAAUAAAUUUCACAAUAUCAGUUUUCUUGGGCCGACUUUAUUAGUUUAGAUUAAUAUUUUGUUUUUUGAUUUUGGGCCGACUUGAGGUUGGCUACUCCCUAAACUGGCACAUAUAACUAUUUAUAGGAAGCUGAUCGAAUGUUGGGAGCAUUCUUUGAUUAUAUUUUCUCUGCUUGAGUGCACGUAGGUGUAUUGGGACGACACCCUCGAUGACCUACAACAGGGUAGGAUGAAACCCCGUCCUUGAUUAAAUAUAGUCUAAGCUAUCUCUGCUGUAAUAACACCCAAAAUCAUAUACAUUCAUUUUGACUGGUGAAGAGGGAAAUAGUGAUCAGAAUUAUCAAGGUGAAUCAGAAUAAUCACAAGCCAAUUUGCACCACUAGUAGUCGAUUGAGGAAAGACCUGAAUUCUGUGAUAUCAGUGCUCAUCUCCAAGAGUCUCAGGAUUAGACAUUCUGCAAGUGGGAGGAGAGCCUACACAUGACAGUGGCACCAUUCCAUUGCCACCUAGCACUAAGUGCUGAAGCAUAUAGUCUGAGGGCAUACUCGAGUCCAGAAGCACCAGCCUCACAGUUGACGUAAAUUCACUGCCACUGAUUUUAAUUCAACAUUUACAGAGUAAAUUGGGCUGGAUGUGAUAGCAGAUAAUUCACGGAAUUCACAAGUAGACAAAAGAACAAGGCAGCCAUAGAGAUUCAACCAAUUCAAUCAUAUUGCCUGUAACCGUGUGUAUCAGAUCAAACAAUAUGUUCUGCAUGUUUGUAUGUUUUAAAUACUUUGUGAAUUGUUGAUGCACAAUCUGAUAAUUAUUCUAUUGUGGCCAUACUGAAUGUAUAAACUGUUGAUUUUAAGGUAGUCAUAUGUUCUAGAAAUUUAAUAUAUUAAAGGUUGACUAUUGUUUUCA